ACAUUCGUGGCCAACGAGAAUCUAAAUCACCAUUUCGGGAAAACCGAGUGGAUAAGAGAGAUUUUGAGCAGAUUCAGUUGUAUUCCUUGCAAAUUCCUGUAGAAUUUUUCUAUAAUCAUAUGUGAUUCUCCGCCGGCAUCGUCUCCGUUUCCGGCACCGGCGGCAGUUGUGCAAAGGAAGUUGAGUUUCAUGGCAGGCUCUUCGUCUUCAAUUCUGGACUGGAAAUUUUCUCAGGUUUUUGGCGAACGUAGUCCAGGGGAAGACGUUGAAAACAUUGAUGUCAUAUCUGCUAUUGAAUUUGACAAGAGCGGUGAUUAUCUUGCUGUCGGUGAUCGAGGAGGCCGUGUUGUCAUUUUUGAAAAGAAGGCUGGUAAAGAUGUUACAAGUAAGCAAUAUUCUCGAAAUGAAUUGGAAAAAUCGGAUGUUAUGGUUUUGCAGCAUCCUGAGUAUAGAUACAAGACGGAAUUCCAGAGUCAUGAGCCUGAGUUUGAUUAUUUAAAAAGUGUGGAAAUUGAAGAGAAGAUUAACAAGAUGAAAUGGUGCACGAAGUUGAAUGGAUCACUCUUUAUACUUUCGACAAAUGACAAGACCAUCAAACUUUGGAAGGUUAAGGAACGAAAAUUGAAGAAAGUCAAGGAAAUGGACCUUGGUCCAUAUGUUUCAUCAGAGAAUGCUCUUCUAUCUGAAAGGAGUUUCGUUAGUGGUGAAUCUAAAUCAUCGGUUGCUAACGGCCUUAGUCUAGAAUGGAUAGAUAAAAUGGAGACAAGCAUCUCGGUUUCUAAUGCAGGACAUAUGAAUGGGCAAAAUAUUGGGGAGACUGCAUUUGCAAGAUGUCGGAAGAUGUACGCGCAUGCUCAUGAUUAUAAUAUCAACUCUAUCUCCAAUAAUAGUGAUGGGGAGACGUUUAUAUCUGCGGACGACCUUAGGAUAAACUUGUGGAACCUUGAGGUCAGUGAUCAAUGCUUCAAUAUCAUCGACAUGAAGCCACCGAACAUGGAUGAUCUUACAGAGGUGAUAACAUCAGCCGAGUUCCAUCCACUGCAUUGUAAUUUGCUCGCAUAUAGUAGUUCAAGGGGGUUUAUUCGGCUGGUAGACAUGCGACAAUCAGCAUUAUGUGAUCGCAGUUCUAUAAUGUUGCAUGAUGCCGAGCCCCGAGGGCAGAAAACUUUUUUUACAGAAAUCAUAGCAUCAAUUUCUAGUAUAAAGUUUGCACCAGAUGGAAGACACAUCUUAAGUCGUGACUACAUGAAUUUAAAGUUUUGGGAUAUGCGCAUGCCGACCUCACCGGUUGUGACAUAUAAAAUUCAUGAUCAUCUUCGCCCAAAGUUAGGUGAAUUGUAUAACAACGACGCCAUAUUUGACAAAUUCGAUUGCUGUCUUAGUGGAGAUGGGACUCAUUUCGCAACCGGAUCAUAUAGCAAUCAUAUGAGAAUAUAUGGAGUUGGAAGCGAAGAAGGAACAACGCUGGAAGCUAGCAGAAACUCUUUCAGAAAGCGGCCUCCGCAAGCAACUUCAAAGGUUCGGAGAUCAUCCCUGAGCAACCUAACACGGGGGUUUUACCGACAAGGCCACAACACUUCAGAGUCGGAAAAUAACGAAUUUUCUUGCGACUUAAAUUCGAAGUUGCUGCAUUUAGCCUGGCACCCGAAAAGCAAUAUGAUCGCGUGCUCGACCGGAAACAGCUUGUUCAUGUACUAUGCAUAGAAUCAAUGAUCAAGUAAGUUCAACAAAAUACCAAGAAACAUUUCAUCAUCUACUCCCACGGUUUUUUGUUCCACAUUUUUGAGUCAAAUGGGUGCAUAUAUAUAUAUAUAUAUAUAUAUGAAAAUUAAGCUAACAGAAAUGUAAUUCUGCAACCAUAUGAUAUUAGGCAGUACUAAACAUCAUAGAAAUCAGAAAGAUUUUGGAUUUGGAUAUGACAUGGAGAGCCUUCAUUUGUGUGUGUGUAUAUAUAUAUAGAGAGAGAGAGGGGGCGGGGAAGGUUCAAACCGAGAACAAUAACUAAAUAAAAGAACACGAAAACGGCUAAAGCACAUGCAAAAUUACAUGUGAUUUUACACUAUCUUAUCAACUUAAACAUUGCCCGCACCCUCAGAUAGCGGCCAAAGUUGCAUGAAUCACAUGUGAUUCAACUGUUUUCUUAUUAUCUUAUUUAGUUACUGUUUUUAGUAUGAACCUUACUCUCUCUCUUUCUCUCUCUCUAUAUAUGUGUGUGUGUGUGUAUAUAUGAUAUAUGGGUGAUUUUAGUUUUAUCAAGCAUUUUGGUGCAAUUGUGAUUUUGAAGGGAUCGACUAGGUGAAAAAGGCAUAUAUAACGUGAGUUUGGAGUGCUCACUCACAAAUGUAGUCUCUAUCACCAUAAGACCGGUGGUAAGGGGUUUGCACCCCCUUGUUGGGUCGAAGGGCCAGCUCCCCAAAACUUCCACGUAUUUUAUGAAGAGGACUGCUUAGGAAAUUUGAGUUUGUGUAUGUUAUCAUUCUGAAUUUCGGUCGAAACUUGGUAAGCGCUUAGCGGUUCCAUCACCUUAGCGGGUGAAUGCAUCAAGGACUAAGAAUCUUACCCAGUAAAAUUAAGAGUGAAGGCAAGAAUCGAGAGUCAUACCGGGUAAGUAAGGGUGAUGAUGACUCUUACCCAUAAGUGCUUACAGGGUUAUAAACGCUCAUCAUCAAACCAUUUUGAUGACCGAGAAUGUUACCCCAUAAGAUAAUUGAGAGUGGUGACUCUUGUCGAUAAGCGUUUAUCCUGUAAGCAUUUGAUAAAUGGUCCCUAAGUAUGGAAUUGGAAGCACCUCGGAGUUUGCUAGCAGAUGCUUCUGAUUGUGAAGGGUUCUGACUCAAAGCUUCUAAGUCGCUUUUUGAUUAAGCUUUUAAGUGUGCUUCUGAUUAUUUCGAUAUUAUCCACAAGCACUUAUAAGUGUCUAACCAUCACAUAACUGUCGAUCUAUCAUAUAAAUAUAUAAAACGCAUUAUCCGGUGUAAAUUCAAUUUUACUGAUGUUUCCAUCAUAGUAAUCAUUUUUUGAUAGUUCUCGAAAUUCGGAGAAUUUCACUGUAUUCUACUUUCUCCAUUUUGGAGAAAAUUUUUAGAGAAUAUCUUUGAAGCAA